AAAAACCCUAGCAAAAGCCUUCAGUCACUUCACUGUUCUGUUUUCUGGACUUAACCAAAUCGGACCCUUUCUGUUUGAUCCGUUUCAGGAUUUGGGUAGAAAAAUGAAUCUGAAGUAUUUGUUAUUAAGACUGCCGGUUAAGAAUGUGUCCAGGUUUAACAGUAGACGAACCCCGUCAUGGAAUUAUAGAGAAAUUUGCACGGCUCGUUGUGUUUCCCCUGUGUUUCAUUUGACUGAUAGUUCUAGGACCGAAAACUGUAAAACCCGAAUGGGAAUUUUAGUAUCGGGCAGGUUUGUUCACUCGGGUGUAGAAGCUAGUUUUGUGAGUACGGAGGAAGAUGAAAAUGCGAUUACGAAUGAGUUUUUAUCGCGGUUUGUGUGGAUAAUGAGAGGGAAACUUAAUGAGGCUUAUGCUGAUGCUAGUAAGAAAGAUAUUGAUGCUAUGCUUCAGCUUAUUGUUGGGAAGGUUGUAACGGAAAUGGAUGAGGGACGACUUGGGGAGAAUAUCGAGUCUGCGUCAGCUUUGGCUUCUGAGGAUUUCAGUGAGGAUUUGUGGAGAACGGUUUGGGAGGUUAGCCAUGUUGUGUUGGAAGAUAUGAAGAAGGCGAAAAAGAAGGAAAAAAUGAAGACUUAUCUUCAGUCUGAAGAAGUGAAAGAAAUGACAAGGUUUGCUGGUGAGAUAGGGAUUCGAGGGGAUUUGUUGAGGGAACUUAGGUUUAAAUGGGCUCGUGAGAAAAUGGAGGAUAGUGAGUUUUAUGAGUCGUUGGAGCGUAUGCGUCAAGAAUCUAAGGAACUAGAAGUAGAAGAAGACACUCAUGAAGAUAUGAAACCAGAAGAAGAAACAGAAACUCUGGAAGCUUCUGAAAGUGAUAUCGAGGGAGAAAAUGUUGUUAGUCAGGGAGUUUCUUUACCAAAAAGAAGUGGAAAGAUAAAAUUCAAUAUUUAUGGUCUUGAUCUUUCGAAACCAAAAUGGGCGGAAAUGGCUGAACAAAUCCAUGAGGCUGGAGCUGGUAUAUGGCAGCAGGAACUCAAGCCUAUUACCGGGAAAUGCAAGAUUGUUACAGAGAAGAUACUUUCGUUGCAAGUAGAUGAUGACCCUUCACCACUACUUGCAGAAUGGAUUGAGCUAGUACAACCUAGCAGGGUCGACUGGAUUACUCUGCUUGAUAGAUUAAAAGAGAAGAAUUAUCAAGUGUAUUUUAAGGUUGCAGAAAAUCUACUUGAUGAAGUAUCCUUCCAAGCUGAUAUAGGUGAUUUUUCACAACUAGUGGAUGCCCAUGUCAAGCAUAACCAAUUUACUGAUGCCGAACGAAUUAUCAAGAAAAUGAAUGAAAAAGGCAUCGUACCCGACAUUAUAACAAAGACCAGUAUGGUUCAUAUGUACAACAAAGCAGGCAAGCUUGAUCUUGCAAAAGAAGCUUUUGAAAGCCUGAAAACUCAAGGGUUCCAACCAGACCUUAAAGUUUACAACUCAAUGAUUAUGGCUUAUGUCAGUGCUGGUGAUCAUAAAAAGGUUGAAUUGUUAUUGAGAGAAUUAGAGCAGAAGAGUUUAAAACCAUCAGAAGAUACAUUUUUAGCAUUACUCAAGUCAUUUAGUGAGCAUGGCGAUGCAACUGGAGCAGAAAAAAUUGUGGGGAGAAUGGUGUUUGCUGGUUAUCAACCGAGUCUCAAGUCAAACACGUAUCUUGUUGAGGCUUAUAGUCGGGUUGGCCACACCGAUAAAGCAAGAGAGUAUUUUGAUGACAUUAUCAAACUCGGGUACAAACCCGAUGACAAGUGUAUUGCCAGAAUGAUUGCAGCUUAUGCUCAUAAGAAUUUAUUGGAUAAAGGGUUGCAACUCUUACUGCAGCUCGAAAAAGAUGGCAUUGAGCACGGUGUUGCCACUUAUGCUGUGCUUAUUGAUUGGCUUUGUAAGUUGCAAUUGAUUGAUGAAGCAGAAGACUUAUUGGGAAAGUUUGGUGAGAAAGGUGUUUCUCCUCCACUUGAUGUUCAUAUAAGCCUUUGUGAUAUGUACGCUAGGGCUCGGGAAGAAAAGAAAGCCCUUCAAGCUCUUGGAGUUCUCGAGGCCAAUAAGGAGAAAUUGAGGCCUUAUGAUUUUGAGAAAGUUAUAAGUGCUCUUUUAGAAGGUGGAUUUGGACAAGAUGCCGAGAGAAUGCAUAAAUUGAUGAUAGAUCAGGGGUUUAAACUAUCUGAGCAGCUGACAAUGAGCUUACAAGCUUCUCAAGUAGUGGGUCAUGGGAGACGAUUGAGGAAGUAGUUUUAGAUAAUUUAAGUUGCUGAUUUUGUCAUGAUUCAUCUUCUGCUACAGUUUUACCAUCAUGAACUGAGAAUGGUAAGUCAUCUUCACAGAAGAAAUUUGCUGUUAUUUGUUAGAAUCAAUCAGAGUUUCAUAGUUGUUAUUUGUUAGAAUCAAUCAGAGCUUCAUAUGUUUAUGUAACCUACAUUAUAUGUGGUCUUCGUUAUGAUGUUACAGUAUUUUUGUUCUGUUAUAUUACUAAAAGUUAAUAAUGCGAAUUAACAGCUACUGCUGUUUAAAGUA